UGAGGAAGGGGGGCGAGGCAGCCCCGGAGGACUUUUUGAAUAGAGGAGGUCAUAGAUCAAGCUCCUGCCUUGAUAGAAGAAUCUGACAGGAGGAAGGCGAUCCACUUAUGCAAUUGGAGGCUGUCUGGAGAGGAGGGGAUGGUGAGGGGAAAGCUGGACUCAAUUAAUCCGGAAGUAAGAAAAGGCCCUGUUGUCACCAAGGCUGGGAGCAGACGGGAAAUGCAGGAAGGAACCUUACAGAAGAGCUUGGGGGAGGAUUUCCCCCCUCCAGAUGUGCAGCAUCAGCAAUUCCAGCACUUCUGUUACCAGGAGGCCGAAGGGCCCCGAAAGGUUUGCAGCGAACUCCACCGCCUUUGCCUCCAGUGGCUGAAGCCAGAAAGGCACAGCAAGAAGGAGAUCCUGGACCUAGUGAUACUCGAUCGAUUCCUGACCAUCCUACCCCCAGAGAUGGAGAACUGGGUCAGGGAAUGUGGGCCAGAGAGCAGUUCCCAGGCAGUGGCCCUGGCAGAAGGGUUCCUCCUGAACAACGCAGAAGAUGAGAAUCGAGACCAGGAGGUACAGGAAUGGACCGAGCGUUACCCUGGAGCAGCUUUUCUGGGCAAGGCCUUGAAACCAACAAUAAAUUCUUUACCAAUUCUUCAUGGCAGAAAUAAAGCAAGUUCUACGUGGCCAGAGCAGGGUCCAGUGACCUUCGAGGACGUGUCUGUUCACUUCACUGAGGAGGAGUGGGCUCUACUGGAUGCAGAAAAAAGAAGCCUUCACAAGGAAGUCAUGGAGGAGAAUUUUCAGAAUGUGGCCUCUCUGGAGAUUGAUGGUCCCCAGAGAAUGCCUGAAGGAGAACCACAACAACUCCAAUUGGAAGAGAAGCAGCAGAGGAGAAGUAACGGGACAAAACAGAAGAGGAGAGAUGAAUCAUCCGUUCAACGAAUUAACAGAGGGAAAAAACAAUAUAAAUGCUUGGAGUGUGGAAAAGGCUUUUCUCGGAAUCAAAACCUUACUGACCAUCAACGAAUCCACACAGGAGAAAAGCCAUAUAAAUGUGUGGAGUGUGGGAAGAACUUCGUUCAGAGCUCCAAACUUACUGUCCAUCGACGAAUCCACACAGGGGAGAAACCGUAUAAAUGCAUGGAGUGUGGGAAGAGCUUUGUUCGGAGCUCCCAACUUGCUUCCCAUCAACGAACUCACACAGGAGAGAAGCCAUAUAAAUGCAUGGAGUGUGGGAAGACCUUUGCUUGGCAGGCAGGCUUUAAUCUCCACUGUCGAAUCCACACAGGGGAGAAACCAUAUAAAUGUGUGGAGUGUGGAAAGAGCUUUGCUCAGAAUGAAACCCUUACUAUCCAUCGACGAAUCCACACAGGGGAGAAACCAUACAAAUGCAUGGACUGUGGAAAGAGCUUUGCUAAGAACACAAGUCUCACUGACCAUCGACGAAUCCACACAGGGGAGAAACCAUAUAAAUGCGUGCAGUGUGAUAAGAGGUUUGCUUGGAAAACAGAACUUACUGUCCAUCGACAAAUCCACACAGGAGAGAAACCAUAUAAAUGUGUGGACUGUGGAAAGAGCUUUGCUAGGAAUACAGAACUUACUUCCCAUCGACGAAUCCACACAGGAGAAAAACCAUAUAAAUGUGUUGAGUGUGGAAAGAGGUUUGCUUGGAGUGUACAGCUUACUGCACAUGAAUCAAUCCACACAGGGGAGAAACCGCAUAAAUGCAAGGAGUGUGGAAAGAGUUUUGCUCGAAAUGCAGAUCUUACUCUCCAUCGAAGAAUCCACACAGGGGAGAAACCAUACAAAUGUAUGGACUGUGGAAAGAGCUUUGCUAAGAAUACAUGUCUCACUGUCCAUCGACGAACCCACACAGGGGAGAAACCAUAUAAAUGCAUGCAGUGUGAUAAGAGCUUUGCUCGGAAUCCAGAACUUACUGUACAUCAACGAAUCCACACAGGGGAGAAACCAUAUAAAUGUGUGGAGUGUGGGAAGAGCUUUCCUAAGAAUGGAAGCCUUAUUGCUCAUCGACGAAUCCACACAGGUGAGAAACCAUAUAAAUGUGUGGAGUGUGGAAUGAGAUUUGCUUGGGGUACACAGCUUAAUGCACAUAAACCAAUCCACACAGUGGAGACACCACAUAAAUGCAUGGAGUGUGGGAAGAGCUUUGCUCGAAAUGAAGACCUUACUCUCCAUCGACAAAUCCACACAGGGGAGAAACCAUACAAAUGCUUGGACUGUGGAAAGAGCUUUGCUAAGAACACUGUUCUCACUGUCCAUCAACGAAUCCAUUCAGGGGAGAAACCAUAUAAAUGUGUGGAGUGUGGGAAGAGCUUUGCUUCGAAUGGAAACCUUACUGUCCAUCGACGAAUCCACACAGGGGAGAAACCAUAUAAAUGUAUGGAGUGUGGGAAGGACUUUGCUCGGAGUGGAGGCCUUACUGCUCAUCAACGAAUCCACAGAAAGGAAUAAGGAUAUAAAUUUGUGGAGUGUGGAAAAAGCUUUGGUAAAAGGAUAAAACUUACAACCCAUUGAGAUAUCUACAUGAGAGAAACCAUAUAAAUACGUGGCGUGUGGAAAGAACUUUACUUGUAAUGCAGACCUUUAUCGAUGAAUCCACACAGGGGAGUAACCAUAUAAUUGUCUGGAACAUGGGAAGAGCUUUGCUUGGAAUGCAGACCAUACUCUCCAUCAACAAAUCUGUAUGUGGGAGAAACUAUAUAUAUGCAUGGAUUGUGGAAAGAGCUUUGCUUGGAAUGCAGAUCUUAAGCAUAAGAACAUAAGAACAUAAGCAAAGCCAUGUUGGAUCAGGCCAGUGGCCCAUCCAGUCCAACAUUCUGUCACACACAGUGGCUAGAAAUCCAGUGCCAUCUAAAGGACUGUCAGUGAGGCCAGGACACCAGAUGCCCUCCCACUGCCUUCCUUCCAGCACCAAGACAACAGAGC